CUAAAUGAGUCAGGAUUAUGUGUCUCUCUUGCUCAGAUUGAGAGUAAAGCCACGGCUUGAGCGCUUUGUAUCUCUGCUGCUUGGCUGAGCACAGGAAUGAGCACAGCAGUUGUACACAGAGGAUUCCUCAGGAAAUAUGGGGGCUUCAUGUUCAAGCAGUGGAAGGAGAAGUAUCUGGUAUUGACGGUGGAAGGAAAUUUGAUGGUGUGCAAAGAUGCAGACUCACCACCUGAACAGGUGGUGGCACUGCAGAGUAACUGUGUGUCCAUUGUGGAGGGUAAAGAAAUCCUGGACUUGCCUCGAUUACCCCCUGGAGGGCGCAGAGGGAGCUGCUUUGCCCUCAUCUUGCCCCAAGACAAAUUCCUCCUGCUGCUGUCCGACAGCCCCGAUGAGUGCAGUCAUUGGCUGAAGUUACUCAGGAAGGUGAAGGAGGGUGUGACGUCACCGCUCGCCCUGAAGAGGCAGCAGAGCAUCACCCCCUGCAUCACAGACAGAGAGCCGCUUCCAGAUGUGUCCAGUGAUAAAGACCCCUCCUCCCCCCACCUCAGCGAAAAGGCCAUCAACUCCCCAGACGUCCGAUCCAGAGAAAAUUCCUUCAGACACAGAGGCAGCAUAAACCAACGCCCUCCCCGCAGCCCCACUAUAGCUCCGCCCCUUCGAUCUGCAGACUGUCUGCGCCAUGGAAACAGCAGUGAUGCGCGGGCAGUGAGGGCGGUGUGUCUUGUGAUGGGCGGGGCGGCUGCGUCCUCAGCGCUGGGUUACCUGAGCUCCUGUCCACCUACCUCCUCAAACAUGGCCGCCCAUGCGCCCGACAUGGCCCAUUCAACAGCUUUCUCCGAGGCGGGCGGAGGCAGUCCGUACCACCCCUGCAGCCAGGCCAUAGAGUCACCACAUUUUAACAGCUUCGACUUCGAGGGGGACUCUGAUUUUGAUGCUUUUGACUGUGGAGGUUUUGCUUUUUAAUGGAGUUAAUUCCGAAAAUUAGGGUUUCAUUUAUCCACAGGGUCCCCACGGUCAUGGAAAACCUGGAAAUAUUAGGGAAUUAGAAAAUUUUGAAUUGCACACCUGGAUAAGUCAUGGAAAUUCAUAGGUCCAAAGAUGUGAGAACCCUUGAUCCACUGUCUGUCUGUGUUUCUUGUAAAACGGCUCUUUCCUCAGUGGAAGGCAGCAAACAGUUGGAAUUAUGAGGAACUGUUUGAAGAUGCAAAUGGCUGAAUUCCACUUGUCAAACAUUGUUGGGUGUAAUCUGAUUACAAAGUAACUUGCUACUGUAAUCAGAUUACCUUUUAGCCAAUAAGUGGUUUUAGUGUACAUUAAAUUCUUGUAAUGAGAUUACAGUCACUGAAUUUCCAUUAAGUUAUUUACUUUUAAGUACAUUACUUGGGUAACACAUAUUUCUAGAACAAUUGUAUUUAUUUAAAAUACAUCUAAAACAUGAGUUUUGUUGAUUUGUAUGUCUUUUUGCGUUUCUGUGACAGCUGAAGGGACAAAAGCAAUGUACAAUGAAGAAAUAUUUGCAUUAUUUUAAAUUAAUUUGAAUUAAUUUUUCGUCAAACAAUCAGUAAAGUACACACACACACACACACACACACACACACACACACACACACACACACAUCUAGCUUUUGUAAAGGAAUGUGUAUAAAAUCACUGUAGUAUUUGUUACACUGCCAUUAUGUUAAUUUAAAAAUAUAUUAUUUUUUCUGUAAUACAAUAAAAAAUGAAAAUACUCUAUUAAAGUAAUGCAAAUCACCAUUGACAAUAAAGGGACUUAUAAAAAGCACAGAAGUAAAAUAUCAGGAUAUAUAGCGUUAAUGGAGAAUGUGCUUAAUUGUCAUGAAAAUAUAAUCAGAAUGCAAAAAAACAAAAACCGUAACGGUCCGAAAACACUUUGCAAUAACGCUCCAGUCGUUAACAAUAGUCAAUGCAUUAGUAUCAUAAACAAACAAUGAACAAUAUACAGAAUUUUUUACAGCAUUCAUUAAUGUUUGUCAAUGUUAGUUGAUAAGAAUACAAUUGUUCAUCCUUAGUUCAUGUUAGUUCAUAGUGCAUUAACUAAUAUUAACAUAUUUACAACUUUUGAUUUUAAAAAUGUAUUAGUAUAUGUUGAAAUUAACAUUAACCAAGAUCAAUACUGCAAAUUCUGAAAAAGUAUUGUUCAUUGUUAAUGUUAACUAAUUGUUUACUAAUUAACCUUAUUGUAAAGUGUUACCAACAGUCCUAAGAAAAAACUUUUUUUCUUUGAAUUUUGGGGUGAAAUGUCACCUCUCGCCCUUGUGUUCUUGACUGUUGUCAUGAGAUUGACCCAACUGUACUCCUUUUAAUUCAUAUGUUGUGGCUAUUGAUUUUGUAUGUUAUAUGUGUAAUAUACAUUAUGU